GGGCGUUUUUUAAAAACUCCGCGCACGGUGCGCGUUCACACGCUCACGCCUCUUUGGCACCGUCCCACCGAGCCUUUGCAGCAAAGGCUGCCUUGCGGAAAGUCAACCGCGAAUAUUUUUUAAAAACCCUUUUAUUUCUUUUGGGGGUCUUAGGAUUUUUUUGCACGGACCCUGAAGGCAGCUCUGAAGAAGCACGCUUUGGAGCCGCUCGCCGCUCAUUGGCUGUCCGCUCCGAUCGCCCCUCGCUCUUCCCCAGCCAAUCAGGGAGGAGGGCUUCGCGAAGGAUUUGCUCCUGGGAAAGACAUCCGGAGGCCCAUGCGAAGAUGAGGAAGGUGCGCCAAGCCUGCCUGCUGACCCUCCUACUGGCGCUGGCACAGCUCGCUCUCUUCGCCCAGGGCGAAGAAGAGGAGCCAGGCGCAGAAUCUCUGGCCAAAGAGGAAGUUGAUGACGACGAGGACGAGGACGAUGAUGAAGAUGACGAUUCCGAAGUGAAAGAAGAAAAUGGUGUCCUAGUGUUGAAUGACGCAAACUUCGAUACGUUUGUUGAAGGCCAGGAUACUGUGCUUUUAGAAUUCUAUGCCCCAUGGUGUGGACAUUGCAAGCAGUUUGCUCCGGAAUAUGAAAAGAUCGCCAAAACAUUGAAAGAAAUCGACCCUCCCAUCCCUGUUGCCAAAAUAGACGCUACGGCAGCCACUGCUGUGUCAAGUCGUUUUGAUGUUGGCGGUUACCCAACCAUCAAAAUUCUGAAGAAGGGUCAGCCUGUGGAUUAUGAAGGCUCAAGGACAGAAGCUGAAAUUGUGGCUAAAGUGAAAGAGGUUUCACAGCCUGAUUGGACCCCUCCACCUGAAGCAACUUUGGUGCUGACAAAAGACAACUUUGAUGAAACUGUGAAUGAGGCUGACAUAAUCUUGGUUGAAUUCUAUGCUCCAUGGUGUGGACACUGCAAACAACUAGCUCCGGAAUAUGAGAAAGCAGCCAAGGAGCUUAGCAAACGCACUCCUCCAAUCCCCCUGGCAAAAGUUGAUGCUACUGCUGAAACGGAUCUUGCCAAGAAAUUCGACGUGUCUGGAUACCCAACACUCAAGAUCUUCCGUAAGGGAAAGCCGUUCGACUACAAUGGCCCAAGAGAAAAAUAUGGAAUUGUGGAUUACAUGAUAGAGCAGGCCGGCCCCCCCUCCAAACAAAUCCAGGCUAUCAAACAAGUGCAAGAAUUUAUAAAGGAUGGAGAUGAUGUCAUCAUCAUUGGCCUCUUCAAAGGGGAUCAGGAGCCAGCCUACCAACUUUAUCAAGAGGCUGCGAACAAACUAAGGGAGGAUUACAAAUUCCAUCACACCUUCAGCAACGAAAUCUCGAGCUUCUUGAAAGUCGACCUUGGGAAAUUGGUGGUGAUGCAGCCUGAAAAAUUUCAGUCCAAAUAUGAGCCCAAAAUGCAGGUCUUGGAUAUUAAAGAGUCCACCGAUGGUGCUGCGAUUACAGAUCAUGUGGUGAAACAUGCCUUGCCUCUGGUUGGUCAUCGCAAGACGUCCAAUGAUGCUAAGAGAUACGGAAAGAAGCCGCUUGUAGUCGUAUAUUAUAUGGUAGACUUCAGCUUUGAUUAUCGCGUGGCUACCCAGUACUGGCGGAACAAAGUUUUGGAGGUGGCGAAGGACUUCCCGGAAUAUACGUUUGCCAUUGCUGAUGAAGAAGACUACUCCAGUGAGAUAAAGGACCUGGGUCUGAUAGACAGUGGCGAGGACGUCAACGCUGCAAUUUUCGAUGAAGGGGGCAAGAAAUAUGCCAUGGAACCAGAAGAGUUUGACUCGGAUGUGCUACGGGAAUUUGUUGUAGCAUUCAAAAAAGGUAAACUAAAACCCAUCGUGAAAUCCCAGCCGAUCCCCAAACAUAACAAGGGACCCGUGAAGAUUGUAGUUGGUAAAACGUUUGACUCGAUAGUAUUGGAUCCUAACUCUGAUGUCCUCAUAGAAUUCUAUGCUCCCUGGUGUGGGCACUGCAAGAAACUUGAACCUAUCUACCUAGAGUUGGGUAAGAAAUACAAGAACCAGAAAAACCUGGUCAUCGCCAAGAUGGAUGCUACUGCCAAUGACAUCACCAACGACAGCUACAAAGCAGAAGGGUUCCCCACUAUCUAUUUUGCUCCCAGCAACAAGAAGACGAAUCCUAUUAAGUUUGAAGGUGGGGAGAGAUCUCUGGAGCACUUGAGCAAAUUUGUAGAAGAACACGCCACCAAACUGAGCAGAACAAAAGAAGAACUUUGAAUGGAGCAAAGAUCAUCCAGUGGGGAAAAAUGUUGAGGCAAAGUUGGGAACAGCUCAGUAGCUGGAGAACUGGUUUUUUUCGGGGGGGUUAAUGAAACAAUGCAGUAUGAAACUUUAUUACACAAGAAAUGUGGACUCUGAACUUUUUCUGAUGUGAUUUUUUUUUCAUUCGUUAACAGUUCUUUAUCUCCCGAGAAAAAUACAUUAUUUUUUGUGACUUA